AUGAGUAAUCCGACCACUCCAGCCGACCGUCCCAGGCGAGUUCAGGAGGUUCAUCAGCCUCGUAUCUUGAUCUGCCCUUCUGGGUUCAAAGAGAGUCUCCAGCCUGGCCAGGUGGCCGACUGCAUCGAAGUCGGUGUACUCAGAGCCGUUCCAGAGGCCAUUGUCACUAAAGCUCCAAUGGUCGACGGCGGUGAGGGCUUCACUAAGGCUUUGGUCGAAUCGACCGGUGGGUCACUCCGACAUAUCACAGUGACAGGUCCCGUCCGAAAACCAGUUUCAUCGCACUACGGCUUCCUCGGCAGCUCUAGCAAUCCAGCUGCGGUAGUUGAAAUGGCGGCAGCUGCAGGCCUCAGCUUGAUUCCAAGAGACCGGCGCAAUCCGUUGCAUACUACGACGUAUGGAGUUGGCUCGCUGAUCGGCGCUGCUUUGGAUGAUGGAGCGACCAACAUCCUUCUUGGUUGUGGUGACUCCGGUACCUGCGAUGGCGGAAUCGGUAUGGCUCAGGCAUUGGGAGCACGAUUUUUCGACAGUCUUGGUCAAGAACUUCCUUGCGCCCGAGGUGGAGCUUCACUGCAUGAUCUUGCAAAAGCGGACCUGUCAGGCCUGCAUCCACGAUUGAAGGAGGUCCAAAUUGAUGUCGCUUGUAAUUGGUACAACGUACUCUGCGGAGCGAAGGGAGUGGCGAGGGUGUUUGGUCCUCAAAAGGGGGCGACACCUGAAGAGGUGGAGUUGCUGUCCAAAGCCAUGGACCGCGUAUCUGUCAUUGUUAGCAAAGAAGUAGGCCAAGACAUUUCGCUCGCUCCAGGGAGUGGUGCAUCAGGAGGAAUGGGCGCAGGACUUAUGUUGAUCGGAGCGCACCUUCAUCCUCGAUUUGACAUUAUCACCAAAUUUUUGAACAUUCAGCAGCUCGUACAAGGCUGUGACAUGGUUAUUACCGCAGAAGGCGGAAUAGACGAGCAGACGCCUCGAGGCAAGAUACCUGCGGAAGUCGCACGAAUCGCGAAGGCCAAAGGCGUGCCGGUGAUUGCUCUGGCUGGCACAGUUGGCGUUGGAGCCAGGAGCAACUAUGCCGCGGGAAUUGAUGCGUAUGCGAGCAUCCUUCAGGCUCCGUGCAAUUUGCAGACCGCGAUCAAUCAGGCGGAAAGGCUUCUAAUCGACUGUGCCGAGAGCGUGACGCGAAUGGUGAUGGUCGGGUGGCAGCUUAAGAAAGCUAUGCGGCCUGUUGUGGACAAGGGCGUUGAUGCAGGAUUUGUACUCAGGCGAAGCAAGACUCUGAUCUACUGA